AUAAAAUGCCCGGAGCUAUAAACACUUGCUUCUGUGACCAUCAAAAACAUAUUCAAUGUUGUAUUUAUACGCAUGAUCUCAUCUAACAUAAAUUUCAGAAAAAGCGUUGAAUUCGCUUUCAUAGUCCUCAUUCCUAUGCACGCAGGCAGUUGGAGCGAUGAUAGGGUGUAGUUCUAGUGGAAAUCUUUGAGAGCAAAAUAUGAAACGGAUUAUAGACACGUUACGCCCAAACGCAUGGAAGUCCGACCCGCAGCUUAGCAAAAAAGAUACAGCAGCACCGGGCAUUACCAGUAUAACAACAAUGAAUCGUCCCGAAAAAGAGAACAUAAUCAAAUCGAAACCGAUAUCGAGGUCUUCCGACUGGACGAAUGUGGAUCUAACAGUACCUGACAAUAAAGAGGAACAACACGUACACUUGAGGAACCCAAAGCUAACAUCAAUAUUCAGUAGGGAUAGUAUAACGACCCCAGUACCACCGCCAAGGAAACAUAAGAAGAAUUUCAGAGAAAAGAUUGAGGCUGUGGCCAAAAGUGGACUUCAAGCAUUUCAGACUAAAAAACCAGUAGAAGAGCCACUGUUCGUGAAGAAAAAUAUCUCCUACAAAUGUCCAAUCUGUGAUGAAGACGAAUCCACUCAUAACAGGAAUCAUCAUCAUCAUCACAACCAUGAAGAGAAAAAUGAUGACAAAAUAAACACAAACAAAAUUGAAGAGAAUAAGAAAAGUGAGAACAAGUCUGAUGUCGAGAAGAAGAGGCGGAAAAACUUAUCUGUGAUGUCGCUUCCAAAUUAUGACGAGUUGAAAUUCACUGUAGCUCAUUUUGAUGACAUUGACAAAGAUCCAACAUUGUCCAAGUCAACCAAAGAAAAGCGAACUUCAUAUCCGUCCGACGUGCUAACAAGCACGCCUAAGAAGUCCAGAUCUGGAUCUACGGGGAAACUGGACUCUUAUAUCACACGAUGCCGAAGCAUAAGUUCUCUUCUACCUCAACAUUUGAAAAAAGCACAACAUCCACCAAAAAACAGAGGGGUCCACCACAAAACAGAUGGAGAUAGUGACGACUCGUUCGGUGGCCUUGAAGACUGGGAUUUGGGGUUAAUUGAACAUUACAACCCAAAAGAUGCUAGUUUACCAAGACCUAGGAAAAGUCAAAGGAACAGUCAAGAAGUUAUGGCGGGAAUUGAAGACUUGAUAGUGAAAGACGAUGUAGUUGAUUCGAAACCAAAAUCUCCGGAAAAAAGAACAGAAUCUACAGUUACAGCGACCAAGAAAAAAUCUUUACAAGCAUCUCCAACACUUGUGAAAGAAUCUCAGAGAAAACUUGUUUUCGAACCUCCCCUAUCACCUUCAGCUAAACAGAAAGAAAAAGUUGUAGAGAAAGAGGAAACCAUGUUUUCACAUGCUUAUGCGGCAAACGAAAAUGGACAGGUGGAACAUUCGAGUCUGCUAAAGAUUUUAGAAAAAUUUACUCAAGAAAAUGUGACGAAAGAACCAGACCCAACGACCGAGAAUUCGUCCUUGAGCCCUUCAUUGUUGGAUUUUGAGAAAAAUUUAUCUAGCAUCGAGGAAUUUAUAAAUGCCGAAAAGGUUAAUACUGAUAAGAGCAUAAAUGUACAAAAUAUAACUUCGUAGGUUAUAUGAUUUUGAGCGUUAGCAUAUUUGUAUCUUAAUAAUGAAAAUAUAAAAAUAACUGUCAAAUACAGUAAGACUUGGACGAUUAAGAUCAUAAAGUAACUUUGUAAAAAAAACCUUGGUAUUAUACAAAGUUACAAUAGUAUCUCUUUUUCUCUCUAUGGAUACCUUUUGUACCAAUAAAGUCAUACUUAUUCGCUACUGGAAUAACCUGAUCAUUAAAAAAAAUUAGGUCCAGCAUUUUUUGAAAGCAAAAUUGUAUCCAAAACUAUCGACAUCAAUAUUCAUCGUCCCGUUAUACUUAAUUAGUCCCUUUAUUCCCCCAAGUUAUACAUGUAUCCUUAAUUUAUAUAUAAUUUUAGGUAACUAUCCAAAUGCAUUUUGUAAAAACUGUACAUAAUAAAUAAUUGUUGAUUUA